CAGCUCAAAGGCUCCGUCAACCUUACCAGUCUCCAGAUUGACGCAUCGUUCUCCGUCAGGAUCCCGAUCAUUGGGACGUUCCAGCUUGCGAGCUUCCAAGGAAACUUGAUCGAAGGUGUCAAGUUCACUUUCGGCAUUAGCGGUAUCUUGUCGGGCGAGGCGCGUGUCUAUUUGAAAGACAAAUGGCUCUGGCUGGACCUGUCGGCUACCGUGUUUGGGUCGAAAUACGGCCCUCUUAGCAUUAAGCUCAUCCCUCUGCCGUACGUGUUCAAUGUUUUCUGA